AUGGUAAACUAUCUAAGAAAAUUUGUACCUAAUAUGGCUAAUAUUGCAUCACCUCUGCAACUUUUAUUAAAAAAAGAAGUUAGCUGGUUGUGGACUGACCAUCAUGAAAGUGUUUUUAAUAAUAUUAAGAAAAAAAUUAGCAAAGCCCCAAUAUUACAAAAUUGUAAUGCAAAAUUACCCACAGUCAUACAAAGUGAUGCAUCUCAAAAUGGCCUAGGCUGUUGUCUUCUCCAAAAUGGUACACCAGUGUACUUCGCAUCCAGAAGUUUAACUCCUUCUGAGAGAAUAUUUUCGCAAAUUGAAAAAGAACUUUUAAGUAUUGUUUAUGUGACGCAAAAAUUUCAUUAUUACAUAUAUGGACAUAAGGUCACUGUUGUUAAUGACCACAAACCUUUAGAAUUCUUACUAAAAAAACACUUACAUAAGGUCCCGUCACCAAGGCUAUAA